CACUUUGAUGGUUAACGGUAAACUGUGUCAUUAGUCUGAGGUUCACAUGAGCUGAAAGCUCUCUUUAGGAUUAUCAAUCAAAUCACCUGUUUAUCAUCAUCAUCACUUCUGGAAGCUUUUCUGCUUCACCCUCCAAUGACCUCUGACCUCCUCAGGGUCACAUGUGCUGUCUGACAUUGUUGAUGAAGAAGUUUAAUUGUGUGUGUGUGUGUGUGUGUGUGUGUGUGUGUGUGUUCAGUCUGUCUCAGGAGCUCAGCAGUCCUGAUCAGAGCUCUGAGCUGAAGCUUCAGAACAGAGCCAUCGACUGGACGAUCCCUCGUUUCCCUGGAGGAACACAACUGUCUGCUCUGUUCAAGCUGGAGGUCUCAGGUCUGAGCCCGUCCUCCAUGUUGGAGGUGGGUCCGGUGGGUCUGGUCUUUGAGCUUCCUCAGCUCACCGUCACAGGUCUUCAGAUCCGGUUCCUCCGCCUGUCUCCGGUCCAGCCGGGUCCAUCUCAGCGGUGGGUUCGCUACGUCACCCACUCCGACUCCUACAUCAUCCGCCUCUGACCAGGAAGUUCUUUCACAAUAAGAGACAACCUCAUGAACUUUAUUUUGUUAACUUCUGUUUUUAUUCAGUUACACGCUGACUGUAUUUAUUUUUCUUUUUUUAAAACCUUUUGGGGACUAUUUUCAGCGGCGGAUUAAUCCACAUGUGCGAAGGAAUGUUUAUCGUUCAUGUACUUAUCUGCACACACACACACACACACACACGUGUAAAUAAAAGUCAUGUUUCCUCUU